GUCCAUAUUUUGAAGUUGCCAAUUCAAACUUAGCGUAGAAUUGUACUACAUAUCGUACAAGCUCCUAUGUGAAUCAUAAUAAAUUAUAACAAAGUCAACUGUAGUAACUAUAUAAAUCAUGCCAUGCACCGUAGAACUCAAACCAGUUAAUAGGAACCCCUGUUGAUUGAACCAGUUCAUCGGAAAAAUGACGGACGAAGUGAAGUUGUACGGAAUUGAAGUAAGUCCAUUGGUUGCAAGAGUUAAAAUAGCUUUGAAUCUUAAGGGAAUCAACUACGACUUCAUCCAAGAAGAUCUGGACAACAAGAGUCCCGACCUUCUCAAAUACAAUCCUGUUCUUAAAAAGGUACCGGUGUUCGUUCACAAUGGGAAUCCGAUAUCGGAGUCUCUUGUGAUCAUCGAGUACAUCGAUGAAAUCUGGAAAGGGGUUCCGAUUAUGCCCAAGGAUGCUUACGAGAAGGCUCAGGUUCGAUUUUGGGCGAAAGUCAUCGAUGAUAAGUGUCAUCCUGCAGUAUUAAAGGCUAUUCUCAGCCAUGGAGAGGAGCAAGCAGUUGCAGAAGCUGAUGAGCAAUUGCAAUUUCUGGAAAAUGAACUGAAAGUGAAAGGCAGCAAGUUUUUUGGAGGUGACAAGAUUGGCCUAGUGGAUAUUUGUGCAGGUUACACAAUCUUUUGGGUUGGAGCAGCAGAAGAAGCAUUAGGAAUAGAGCUGGUGGCCAAAGACAAGUUCCCAAAGAUAACAGAAUGGUCUGAUAACUGUAUUAACUGCCAAGUUGUCAAGGAUGGCUUGCCUACAAGAGAGAGCCUUGUUGCUUUCUAUAACCGGUUGUUUGGUAAGGCGGAAUAGUGUGCGAUAUGUGGUUAAUUAAUAAUGAUGUUCAAUAAGCAGCACGUAUAUGCUGAUGUGCUAUGAAGCACGGGGACUCCAUUCUACGUCGGGUACCCGUCCCGGGGACGGCUCGGGGACGGAAACGGCUCGGGGACGCCUCGGGGACGUUUCCCAACCGUACCCAGAUUCUGGGGACUUCCGCAAAAACGUACCCGGUAUUGGGUACUUCCUAAACAAGGUAUCGGGGACGUUUCCUAAAUUAUUUAGGGUUUUUAACCCUUUUAACUUCCAAAAAUAUGAAUGGUCGCCCUUUUUAUAUUAUAUAAUCAUUCACGUACAGUAUUGUCAAUUAUCAUUCAUCUAAUUCUUCCAACAUUCACGUACACUAUUAUCAUUCAUUGAAUCAUUCAUCGAAUUAUUCCAAAAUACGAAUCAUCUCUAUAACUCUAUUCAAGUAUUCAUCAUCGAUUCAAUGGAAGAUGUCGGGUUUUUGGAGGUUGCCGAUCUUUCGCUAGAUGAACCGGAAUUUGAAAACGAUUUGAUUAACUAUAAUUAAUUACCUAUGGUUUAUGUAGUGUCUUUGGAGUUUAAUAUAUUUUUGGACUUUGUUUAAUAUAAUUUUAUUUUUAAUAUUAUUUUUUUUUGCCGUACCCGUAUCUUGUAUUUUUGAAUUUUGCCGUUCCCCGUACCCGUAUCGUCCCCGUACCCCAGUCCCGUACCCGUAUCCGUGCUACAUAGCUGAUGUGUCUUCUUGUACUAUGUUUAAUGUAACCGAUUUGAUGGUAAGUUAUGAUGUUGUUGAAGAUGAUAUGCAAGAUUCUGUUUUGUUUUUGUGUAAA